AUGCUUGCAGCGCUAGACAUUUUGAAAUUUUGGUUAUGUAGAUUUGAUUUUAUUUACACGGACGGUAAAUUGUGUAUAUCAAUUCUUCAUCCACCAGUAGAAGAUCCAACUAGUGGUGAAACUGCUGCAGAACGUUGGAAUCCCACUCAAUCUGUAGAGAGUAUUUUGAUUAGUAUUGUUAGUCUUAUGGGAGACCCUAAUUGUUCUAGUCCUGCUAAUGUGGUAAUUAUUUGA